CCUUGUGCUUCGGGCUUUUAGAAUCAUGAAAAAUGUACAAGUAAAGGGUUGUGGCAUUUUCUUGUGUGGUUACAGAGAGCCACUGAAGCCCGGCAUGUGGCAGGUUGUCCCUGGGAGGAUGCUGUCUAAAUCUUUGUCAGUGAUGCCUAUCUUUUGUUGGAGCCCCCAGGAUGUUGGAGGUGCCAGAGCUGUAGGAAGUCUGUCAGGAAAAGCUGCAAACAGGGAGUGGAACCAGCCAUUAAAGCCAUUUGAUACCAGUCAUGGAACUACAUGUUUGGACUCUUAGGAAAGAUAAAGCAUUACCUCUCCAAGAGGCCACUGCCAUCUCCAGAUGACCGGAAGAAGUUUGAUCAGGAGUUUGCCUUCUCCACUUCCUUUCACGGGAUCCACAACAUUGCCCAGAACCGGAGCAGGGUUCGCAAGGUGAUCUGGCUGUCCGUGGUGCUGGGCUCUGUCUCACUCGUGGUAUGGCAAAUCUACAGUCGCUUGGUCAACUUCUUCACGUGGCCCACCACAACGUCUGUGGAGGUGCAGUAUGUGGAAAAAAUCGAGUUCCCGGCUGUGACAUUCUGCAACUUGAAUAGAUUCCAAGCAGAGGCUGUAUCAAAAUUUGGCAUCAUUUUCUUCUUAUGGGAUGUAGUUUCCAAAGUCCUCCGCCUUCAGGAAGUUAGUGCCAACAUCACUCACUCUCCAGAGACCUUAGAUUUUGUUACAAUUCACCAAAACUUCAGCAUUACAGAAUUUGUCAAGAACAAUGGUUUUUAUCUCAAUCAGGACACUUUGCUGGACUGUAAAUUUUUUGGAAAACCAUGUGGUCCAAAGGAUUUCAAACACGUCUUUACUGAAUACGGAAAUUGCUUUACAUUUAACCACGGUGAGAAUUUCCAAAGCAAGAAUAAAGUGAGCUUGUCGGGAAGAGGCUUAAAGCUGCUCUUCAAUGUCCAUCAGGAGGAAUUUACUGAUAACCCCUUGCCUGGUUUUGCUGAUGCCGGGAUCAUCUUUGUCAUUCACUCGCCAAAGAAGGAGCCACAGUUUGACGGCUUAGGCCUGUCUUCUCCCGUGGGCAUGCACUCACGGGUGACCAUCCGCCAACUGAAGACGGUCCACCAGGAAUACCCGUGGGGAGAGUGCAAGCCGGACAUCAAGCUGAAGAGCUUUAACACCUACAACACCUACAGCUGUCUGAAGGAGUGCAAAGCCCAGCACAUACAGAGGCUGUGCGGAUGCUUGCCCUUUCUGCUUCCAGGAAACGGUGUCGAGUGCAAUCUACUAAAACACUACAACUGUGUAUCUCCUAUCAUUGACCACAUUGAGCUCAAGGGGCUGUGCACCAUGGGAACACACAACUCUAGCUGCCCCGUGUCAUGCGAAGAAACAGAAUACCCAGCUACUGUUUCCUAUUCUACUUUCCCAAGCCAGAGAGCAUUAAAGUUUCUUGCAAAGAAAUUGAAUCAAAGCCAAGAAUAUCUCAGUGAGAAUCUUGUGAACAUUGAAAUAAACUAUAGUGACUUAAACUAUAAGAUAACACAGCAACAGAAGGCAGUGAGCGUCCCUGAGUUACUCGCUGAUGUUGGUGGUCAGCUGGGCCUAUUUUGUGGAGCUAGUCUGAUUACAAUUAUAGAAAUUAUUGAAUAUGUAUUGACCAAUUUCUACUGGAUAUUCAUUUUCCUUUUGCUGAAAAUACUUGAAAUGAUCCAGAGGUCUUCUCCACCUCAGGCAGUAUAGAAGAAUGUUAAUAUUAUGUUAGAACAAAGUAUUGUUUUUUCUUUUCAUAAUACAUAUAAUUAUAAUGGCUCAUUCAUUGUUAUGGACUUUAUGUCAUAGUUUGGAAGGUCUAAUCAUUGAAGAUUCCUAUUUCUGUAUACAUCCUUCUCUACCUGUAUUGUUUAAUAUAGUCUGUAUUUGUCUAAUUCUAUUGUAAACUGGGCAUGGAAAAUAGUAACAAUUACAUAAUAGGCAUCCUUUACCUUUAUAUAAUAAUGAAUGGAAAAAUAUAUUUUAUAACCAGAUAUGGUAAUCACAUCUAUUGAACUGUACAUGGUUGUGAGGAUUAUUUUAAAUGUCAACCUGCCACAACCUAGAAUCGCCCACAAAUAGUCCUGUUGAAGAAUGAUAUAGUCUGGGUUGGCCCGUGGACAUAUCUGCUGUUGACUGAAGCAGCUCAGUAUAGGCAGCAUCAUUCCCUAGGCUGGGCCUGAACUUAAAGACUAAAGGAAGCUACUGAAGGCAACAAGCAGUCAAGCAUCUAUCCCUUCUCUGCUCUUCACUGUGGAUGUCAAGUUUGAAGUUCCUGCCUUGACUCUCACUCAGGGAUGGACUGUGAUCUGGAAUUCUAAGUCAAAGAAAUCCUUUCUUCCUUGGUUGCUUUUUGUGAGGGUAUUUUUAUCAUAACAUCAAAAUCAAAGCUAGAACAAUGGAUCAUUAAGACAAUUGUUCAUUUAGGAACUAGUGUACAUAAUUUAUGCUUUCUAAACUUUCUCGGAAUACUUUUUAUUAAAUCAGCAUUUUUGUUCCUUCUGCAUAGUUUUAUUAUAACUGACUAGGGAACGCGGGAAUCUGUUUCUUGUACAGGUGAUUCCAUUUUCAAUUACAUUGAUGUUAUGAAUCCAAAUCUGUGGUAAAGAGGGCUCUAGUGUUUCUUCAUUCCCUUCUAGUAACUCUUAUGCACUUAAUCUAGACAAAAAUCCAACGGUUCCAUUUGUUAUGCUUUAGGUGAUCAACCACUUUCAGUCUCGGAAUGCUCAUUCAAUAGAGAAUCACUCAAAAGCCUUCUUUAAUACACAGAACGAUAAUCAAGUCAAAACUCUAAUUCCCGAGCUGAGCGUGCAGUUUGUGAUUAGGUUUGUGUGAGGACCUAGUUUCAGUCUGCAGCAAAAAACAAUAUCGAUCUAAUUCCCAGUUCUCUCUAGGUCAUAUUGUUUGGUUACAUUUUCUUCCUGGCUGCUUGGCUGCAUGGUAUCGCCACUCUUUGUGGCUCAGGUAGUUAGAGAGAAAUGGCCUGACAAUCAUCACAGACUGACGUGAAAGACACUUUCAGAAUGAAUAUUAUCAACUGUUUACACUGGUGCCCAGAAUCCGGAUAAUUCCUGUCAUUUAAAUGAGUGCUAUCUGUUUGGGAAUUGGUGGUGAGAAACUAAAAUCUGUGCUUUAAAAAUAAAAGUUAAUUUAAAUGU